AUGAACGAGCACUCAAUCGACAUUGCCGGCUGCUCUGUUCUCAUAGGGGACUGUGAAAAUCGAGUUUCCAUCGUGAAGAUUUAUGAAUUACCGGAUGAGCUGCCUGACUCUGUCGUAAUUGGCCGUCUGUCCCAUUACAGCAGAGUUAUUUCUUUUCGCAGCGACCACGUGGCCGACACCAUCUUGAAUGGCGUUCGUACCGCGCGAAUGUUCAUCGACCGGCCCAUUCCCUCUCAAACGUUCAUCGCUGGCGAGUUCGCCCGCCUCUGGUAUCCUUCGCAGCCCAAGACGUGUUGGAAGUGCGGCUCGGAAGACCACCUAGCGGCUGUGUGCAAGUCACAGCGUUGCUACAAUUGCCAGCGGCCCGGCCAUCGCGCUGAGCAGUGCGACAUGCCAGCGCUAUGCCGCGUAUGCCUUUCUGAUGCCCACGAUAUUUCAGCUUGUCCUUUUGUUUACUAUAGCUCAAACGUGACCGCUGCCAAACCUGACAGGCCUAUUCAGAAGUCAUAUUCCGCCGCUGCUAAGAGUGGAAAAUUCGCGGAGGAUGCAAGGAAAGCUGAAGAAGAAACCAGCCGAGCCAAACGUGAGGAAGAUGAACGCCUAAGACGCGAGGAACGCGCGCGGGAGAAGGAGAGAGAUCGCAAGGAGAGGGAAAGAGAUCGAAAGGAGAAAGAGGAGAAAGAGGAGAAAGACAGAAAGGAAAAGGAGUGAAGAGACCGAAAGGACAAGAAACGAAAAGAGAACAACCGGGAAGAUAGGAGAGAAAGAAGGAAGCACGAUAAAUACCAUGAGAGGAGACACAAAGAUGGCGACGACCACAGAAGGGGUGAGAGGAGUGAUCGCGAGCGGGAUCGCGAUCGCUUUCGCCCUUCUCGCGAUCGCUCUUCUCAUCGCCAUUACGAUUAUAGUGAACGCGAGUCUGGUUCAGAGAGCGAAGGUUAAACACAGGUGUCCCAUCGCAAGCGUAAGAGUAAGUCAUAUUAAUUUAUUUUAAUUAACUACCUUCGCAUAUACCCCACUUAGAAUUCUCACCAUCAAUGUUCGUGGAUUUGGCACUACUUGUAAGCGCGAUCUCCUUCGUCACGAGUUGAAUGAAAAUUUAGACUAUGAUUUUUUCCUCUUACAAAAGACAUAUUUCUUGUAAAACCCAAGCUGAUUUAAUUGAGAAAUGUUUUAAAGGUCAAUGUUUUUGGUCAUUCGGGAUCGGCAAAUCUGCCGGCGUAGCUAUUUUUGUUUCUCCUAAAUUCUCAGGUAAGAUUAUUCGUUAUGUCCACGACACUGAUGGUAGAAUUCUAAGCCUUCUUGUUGAUUUUAAUUCCUUUAAAUUUAAUAUUGUUUGUCUAUACGCUCCAAACACCGUGACCUACCGUAAAUUAUUUUUUAAUCGUCUUCAUACUUUCUUUCUGUCGCCUGGCGAUUUAAUCUUAGGCGGCGAUUUCAAUUGUAUUGAUUCUGAACUCGAUCUCCUACAUAUUAAGUCGGACUUUAGUGCAGAUAAGCGCUGCUCGUCGGCCCUAAGUCCGAUUUCUGUCUUGUUGAUAUUUUUCGUAAGAGGAAUCCAAAAGCGAUCUCUUUUACCUGGUCUAAUAAAGAUUUUUCCCAAGCUUCUCGCCUCGAUCGCUUUUUUAUUUCUUCCCCUCUCCUUCAGUCAGUUCGCGGGAACAAAUGUUUUCCUUCCCCUCUCUCCGAUCACGACUUUGUCGAUUUAUUUCUUUCCCCCGUUAAUGUUUCUUUUCACGAAAGCGGUGUUUGGAAAUUUAACUGUCCUCUUCUGUCCGAUGAUGAUUUUAUUAGUACUAUGA